AUGGGUCUGGCGGUCCUCCCUCCGGAGGCUGAAGAUGCCUAUGACCAAGUGGUUUCAUACCAUGGCUUCGACCAAGACAGUGAUAGUGACAUGUCGGUGGACAACGCCAACGGACGGCCCUCUAAACGCCCACGACUUUCCUCCGGCCCCACUAGACAAAUCACUCUGCCUGGAGAAAUGGUCACGCAGGAGAUACAAUGGAUGAGAGGACACGGAACAUUCAUGGACGAGUCCUUGAGCACCAUCAUCGCAACCCUCGCCGGCCCGCUACGAAAAACGAACAAACUCCUCUCCAUCGCCCCACUCCGGGCGAGAUACACGCCUGAGAUCGGCGAUCUCGUCGUCGGCCGCAUUGUGGAGGUGCAGAAAAAUCGCUGGAAGGUGGACGUCGCGGCACCGUUGCUUGCACAGUUACCGCUCUCGUCAAUUAAUCUGCCCGGUGGGGUUCUACGAAGACGGACGACUGCAGAUGAAUUGCAAAUGAGAAACUACUUCCAGGAAGGCGACUUACUCGUGGCGGAGGUGCAACAGGUGGGAGCCAACGACGGUGUAGCGAGUUUGCACACGCGAAGUCUGAAAUACGGCAAGCUGCGCAACGGCAUGUUCCUCGCCGUGUCUGGCACCGGUGGCGGUGGGGGCGUCAUCCGUAGUAGGAGGCAGGUCUUCACAAUCAACAGCGGCGCCCAGGGUGGUGGGGAUGUGGAUGUCAUCCUCGGCGUCAAUGGUUACAUUUGGUUGAGCAAGCACGUCGAACAGGAUGAUGUCAAGAUCGCGGGAGGUGUGAGUAUCUCAAAUCUCGAGGAUGCGGUCAGCAGUGCGAUCUACUCGAGUCAGAAUGACGAUAUUGGAGAGGGGACGAGGAAGGAGAUUGCGAAGAUUGCGGAGUGUAUCAAGAUUCUCGCGGAGGAGCGUGUCAGAGUUGACGAGGACAGCGUCACCAAGGCUUAUGAAGCCGCCGUCGACGCGGAGCUUGCCGGCAUGGACGAGUCUAGUCCUGGCUAUAGCACUGAGGUGAGAAAGCGAAUUGUCGAUGCUGCUGUGCAUUGA